AUGGGAGAGGAAAACGGCAAGCGCAAGCAUGGACAGGGCGAAGGGGGCCCGGCCUUCAAGAAAAGCAAGGGUGGAAAUGGAGGCAAGUGGUCUACGACGAACUAUCAGAGCAAGAUGGCGGAUAAGGUCGACCGGGGUGUCGUGCUGGCCGUCAACGAUGAGGGGAUCUGGGUCACAUGUGCCAGAGGCAUGAAGGCGAGGGCAGCGCGGGAAUUUCAGGAACUCUGCGAAGAGUAUGGGGAGUCCAUGUAUGGCAUCAAGCCGAGGGAGGAUCCCGAUGAGGCGGCGGACGACGGGGAAGAUGCGUCUGGGGACAUCGAGGACCAGAUCAAGAGGGACCUCGAGAAGAUGAAGUCGUCCGCGCCGAAGCCGAGACAUGUAUUCUCGGUGGUCCACGUUGACAUCGAGUGCGUCUUCUUCGUGAAGACGCUGAAGCCGGUAGAACCCAAGGAAUUGGUGCUCAGGAUCUGCCGCGACGCCAGGGCGUGUUCCAGCCCUACGCAGAGGAGACUCAAGUACGUGAACAGGCUGUCACCGGUUACCGACACCGAUAAGGCAUCCGAGAAUGGGAUCAUCCGGGUUGCACGAGCAGUCAUGUCACCGUAUUUGGCCCUAAGAGACGAAUCGCCUCGGGAGGGUGACGCACAACCACCCAGUGAGGAAAAAGGGCAAGCACAGGCAGGAGAUGGCACCGCACCAUACACGUUCGCGCUCCGCACGUCAGUCCGGAGCCAUACGGUUAUGAAGUCCAGUGAAAUCAUUCAAAAGAUUGCACAGGUGGUCGACCCAAAACACAAGGUGAACUUGUCGAAGCCAGACAAGUCUGUGCUCGUUGAGGUCUUUCAGAGCUUUUGCGGGAUGUCUGUUGUGGAUGGGCCAGAGUUCGAAGCUCUGAAGAGGUACAAUGUUAACGAGAUUUACCGACUGGCAUUCGAGGAUCUGGCCGCGAAGGAGGAGGAGGCCAAGGAGAAAUCGGAUUCAUGA